AUGUACAUUGUACAUAUUAUAUGUAUAUUCCAUGAAGGUGUUGUACAAGGAAAACUUCGGCUGGCUAUUAACAAAACAUCAUACGUUACAGAAUUUGGAAGUUCUGUCUCACUCAAUUGCCAAAUUUUUGAAGAUAAACAAUUCCCUACUGUACACGUGAUUUGGAAUAUAUAUACUAACGGAAAGAUCGCAGAAAAGAAUGUGCAACAGGAGAGUCCUUCAUUGGACAUUACAUCCGCUACAUUUGAAAAUACUGGCAAUUAUACUUGCUCUGCCAAAGAUAGUCAAACAUACGUUACCAGUCAACCUAUCAAACUUACUGUAAUAGGAGCUAUUCCGACCGUUAAAAUUGCACGAAAGUCUUACAAAAUUCAUCGUGGACAAAAUGUAACUAUUGAGUGCAACAUUACUUCCACUCCUAACCACACCGAUGUGUACUGGCUGAAGACAUCUAAUGGUUUAUCAUCAAAAGUAAAAACUCAUACACAACGAGUUCAUGGUGGAACAGUUGCUGUUCCUUCAUUGACAAUUUUGAAUACAGGUACAAACGAUUCAAGAUUGUACACCUGUUACGCGCAAAAUAUUGUUGGCACUGGAAGUAGCGAAUAUACAAAUUUGACAGUCGUUGGAAGCUUUCCGGUUGUAUCAGUGGGUGAUCGAACUGUUACGGCUGAGUAUGGUCAUGGCAUUAUUUUAGAGUGUAGCAUUACAGCUGACCCUCCAGUAGUCACUGUUUACUGGCAAAAGGAAAAUGAUGGGAUUAAAACAAACAUAACAUCAACAACUCCUGGCAUAGAUGGUAUAACCACAAACAGACCUUCAUUAACAAUAAAAGAGACGAAAGAUUCAGACUCUGGAAUUUAUAUAUGCUGUGCUAUAAAUGCCGUAGGACUUGCACAAAGCAACAACAUUAACCUGACUGUGGAAGGAAACAUGAAUUAUCCAUUUGUUCAACUAAAUCCUGAACGAAGCAUACAGGUCAAAUAUGGAGGGACAUUCUCGCUCAAGUCUUAUAUAAGAUCUAAUAAACAAUAUCCUAUUCGUGAAAUAUAUUGGCAGUAUAUCAACAAUGGAAUUGUCACAAGAGUUGAUUCAAAGACUGGUGGAAACAAUAUUGAUAACUCAUCUCUCACAUUUAUGCACGUAACUACAUCUGAAUCGGGACAAUUUACCUGUUUUGCUACAAACGAUGUUGGAACAUCUAAAAGUAAUUCCAUUGAUGUAAAGGUUAAUGGAGCUACACCAAAUAUUAAAGUUGAAAACACAAGGUAUGAAUCAGUUUUCGGAGAAAUGGUUGAGUUGGUUUGCCAAAUAAGUGCCGAACCUCCACUUACAAAUGUUUAUUGGGAGAAAGUGGCAAAUGACACAAGAAUGAUAAUAAAUACGGGAUCUGUUGGAUAUCAGAAUGGAACUCGUGUCAAUCCGUCGCUUACAAUUAAGUAUUCCACAUUGUUCGACACUGGGAACUAUACAUGUCUAGGAUCAAAUUCGGUUGGAAUAAGCCGCAGUGAAUCAAUAUUCCUACAUGUAACAGGUGAUCUACCAGAGGUAUCUGUUCCUAUUCUAGCCGUCAAUGUUAGUUUUGGCGACAGUGUUAAUCUUAUAUGUAAUGUCACAGCCAAACCUUUGCACGAUUUUGUUUACUGGGAACAUAAGGAAACUUUCGCUACUAGACGAAUAUUGACAGGAACAGUCGGCACUGAAGGCAGCACUGUUGAAACCCCAUCACUCACUUUAAAGUAUGCUACCAACACCAUGUCUGGACUUUAUACUUGCUUUGCACGAAAUGCAGUAGGGAUUAGUAAAAGUUCGACAAUAAAACUUAAAGUAAAUGGAGGUUUACCUGAAGUUGUCGUCGAUGUCCGAAAUUACAGUACCACAUACGGAAAAAAGAUCAAGCUCGACUGCAGAGUUACAGCACAUCCUGAGGUUGUAUUUGUCUACUGGCAGAAAGAAAUUAAUAACGUAAUUACCACACUAAUCAACGGGUCAAUAGGAACAGAAGGAAUUGAACUUAAUUUUCCAUCACUUGUCUUAACUAGACCCGUAACAGCUGAUUCUGGAAUAUAUAUGUGCUUUGCGUUAAACAGAGCAGGAAUUCAGCAAAGUGUACCAACUACAUUGACGGUAGAGGGGGGAAUACCGCAUGUAACUAUAUUGCACACUGAAUACACAGCUGAAUACGGCAAACCAAUUACGAUGAACUGCAAUGUGCAAUCCAAUCCGCCGACUUCAAGGGUGUUUUGGCAAAAAGUAAAUGAUCAAAGUCAGAUCAAACGGAUCAAUAAUGGAACACCUGGGACUGUUGGAUCUUCUGUGACGUUCCCUUCGUUAAUAAUUAAUUUCACUACUCCUGCUAAUGAAGGAAUUUAUUUUUGCUUGGCUGAAAAUACUGCUGGAAUAGGUCAAAGUCAGCGCAUUAAACUUACUGUUCUUGCAGGUCUUCCAGUUGUUAGACUCACUAGUUCAUCAUCCAAAGUUCUUGUGGGAAGUAAAGUUGAAAUCACGUGCCUCAUAAAAUCCAUUCCUGAUGUUGAAAAUGUGUAUUGGCAUAUAGAUUCAAAAAUCUCAACAACAGUCAUUAAUGAAAACUCGUCAAAUGUGAAUAUGAAGCAAUUAAUUACUAAUCCAACCGAAAGCAUGUUAACAAUUCAGGAAGCUUCAGUGUCAUUAUCUGGCAAAUACAGAUGCUUUGCAAAAAAUGAAGUUGGUACGUCCAGCAGUCUGCCACUAGAUUUGACGGUUAUAGACACUGAUACACUGGACCAGACCGUAAGGGUGAUUGCGGAUUUCUCUGAUGAUGAUACCGACACUAUAGUUCAAGGUGUUUUAGGCUCCAUAGGUACAUUGGUGGCAAUUGGAUCAUUUUUCCUUACCAUCGUGCAGAUAAGAAAAUGCAAAUCAAAAGAUGGUACAAAAAAAUGUAAAAUUACAGAUAUUGCAUCUUGGUCUAUGAACAAGUUAACUUGUCCAAAUUUAGACACCUCUAGAGCUGUUUACCUCCACUGUGUAUUUUGUUUUGCAACAACAUAA